AUUAUUUGGUGUUUAGUCAUUUGUUCAAACUUCCUGACAACUUAGAUCUCAUCCUGAAGGCAACUUUUUUGCCGAUCAUCUUUUCUUCGCACACUCGCAUCAGUUUUGGGGUUCCCAGCGGAUGUCAUCCAUACAUUCAAAUCAAAUUGACCGUAUUGUCAGAUAACGUUACCCCAAAUUAGUGCAUAUACAACCAUUUAUGUUUGGCUUAUUGCUAUCAGUACAACUUACACAUUAUGAUGAAAUUGUCAUGACAUGCUAUUCUGCUCGUCUCACCGAUAUGAAGGAUUUAAGACAAGAUAAGAUGGUCACCCCAAAACACGAACUGUUGCGGUCUACUCUAGCUCCUCUUCAAAUGUCCACACAAAUGUUGAUGCUCUGCUUUGUCGCCAUGUUAACGGAAUGUCGGCUCGUGAUUGGUCAAGUCAAUAGUUGCGUCAUCGUUCUGGAACGUCGCUCCAUCAACCGUUUGUCACUUCAUUUCGACGAUCGCCCUGUCAACCAUUGUUACCAAAUUUCGCAAGGCAACAAUCAACAAAACGUUGUUUACAACAAGCAGUGUUCUGAAGACAUCGCUGGGAUACAGACAUGCCUACCGACCAAGGGCGGGAGGACGUCUUGCGACUGGGAACGGACGUCGUAAGACCGGUCACCACCUACCACGAACACUUCGAGGCGGAGUUCGAAAGAUCGGGCACGAAACCCACGCCCGUACCGUACGCGGACGGUCCCAUGGAGUUGAGAAAGGACACCACCAGCUCCCACAGUCACUACGUGCAUUACGGAAAAGAGGUUUUCAAGAAACAGUUAGAGAACAGACACAGAGAGGCGGAGCCGCUGAAAGAGAUGCACCAGCGGGACUCAGUGGAGCUCAACCAGAAAAACGCACACAGACGGCCCCCAUCGGGCGACACCGACCCGUUCCCGUGGAGUGAGCCGGGCCGGGCCCCCAGCAUGACCGACACCAUCACCGGCAGGAGGGUCCGGCUGCACCUGGCACACUAGCAGCUCAACAAUAAGCCGUUUCGCGAUCCAAACAGGGUAUGCGUAGCGAAACGUACUAUGGGUAAUAUGUCAAAGGUCAAGGCCCCGAAGUUGUAAACGGUUCUUGUUUAUAACAUUCUUAUAUACAUAUCCAAAUGUGUUUUGAUUACGUCUCAGGUACUUUCAACUUUGCCAUAUUACCCACAAUUCAUCUCGCUGCACAUGCACAGUUUAAACAGGCAACUGGUUUAUCUAUCCCUCGAACGAUUGAGAAAAUGAUGUUAGGCCUCAACUUCAUGUAUCAUGUUGUGUUUUUUGUCAUAUAAAAUUAAGAUUAUUAUAUAUAAAUGUCGGAUUUAUCUGUUAUGCAAAUGACGGGUUCACCUCUUUUGUAACACUAAGAGUGCGUGCGUCUGACACAUUUGUAGCUCACUGCCUGAAUUUUCACGUUCUUUUCUUCGAAAUUGUGGGUGUUCAUGUUCAGCUGAAUUCGGUAACGUAAGUUCACCUUUAUCCGCGGAGUAACCUAUAUCCGUUGUUUUUAACAACAGCCUAUUUAGGAAUAUCUAAUCGACGGACAGUGGUUUCAUUUACUACACGUUUUGAAAAUAUUGCAGCUUGAUGUAAUAAAGGUUAA